AUGGAAGAGUCAAACAUCCAGCCGGUUUCCGCCCCAGUAACAAUAUGCGGCGAUAUUCACGGCCAAUUCUAUGACCUUCUCGAGCUGUUCCGCGUUGCAGGCGGCAUGCCGAAUGACAGCAAUAUUGAAUCUCCAACGGCCCCACCAACUAUUAUCACGUCAGAUAAUAUCGAGCCACCAUCCUCCAUCACAGAUCCGAAAUUAAGGAAGAAGAUCAGGCAAAAUGUCGACGGUCCGAAUACUGGCGGUGCAGAUGAGAACGAACCUUCUUCUCCCCCAGAUGAUAAGUUCCCUGACAAAAUUACGCUCGUCCGGGGCAACCACGAAUCACGACAGAUCACUCAAGUUUACGGAUUUUACGAAGAAUGUUUUCAGAAAUAUGGCAACGCCUCCGUAUGGAAAGCAUGCUGCCAGGUGUUUGAUUUUAUGACCCUCGGGGCCAUAGUGGAUGGGAAGGUACUCUGCGUACAUGGCGGCCUAAGUCCAGAGAUUCGCACGCUGGACCAGGUGCGCGUUGUUGCCAGGGCCCAAGAGAUCCCACAUGAAGGCGCCUUCUGCGAUCUCGUCUGGUCGGACCCGGACGACGUAGAGACGUGGGCGGUGAGCCCAAGGGGUGCUGGCUGGUUAUUUGGUGACAAAGUAGCGGAAGAAUUUUGCCAAGUGAAUGACCUAACGCUGAUCGCGCGCGCCCACCAGCUCGUAAACGAGGGCUACAAAUAUCACUUCCAGAAGCAGAACGUGGUGACAGUAUGGAGCGCGCCGAAUUACUGCUACCGGUGUGGUAACAUGGCAUCAGUGUGCGAAAUACGCGAGGACCUGAAGCCGACGUUCAAGCUAUUUUCGGAGGUGCCGGACGAUAUGAGACAUGUGCCCAAUGUGAGGCCCGGGAAGAUUUUGAGCACCCACACGCUUCUCGAGCUUUAA